AUGUUGUCUGGUAACAAGAAGAGUGCUGCGAACUAUGUAGCCUCUGCGAACUAUUUAACAACAGCACAUAAGAAUGUUGCAGCAGUAACGUCAAAGUCUACUCGUACUCCCAUCUAUAAAGCUUUUGCUAAAGGAGAGAACAUUGGAGACGUCACUGCUAAGGGAGAGUGUGUUGGUAAUAUUGCAGAUCUGAUGGGAACUGGGUUUAGUAUAUUGAUAUCCAAAAGAAAUCCUUCGUUGGUUACAACCUUUGGUCUUCUUUCAUGUGGCUAUCUACUGAGCUCAUACCAAGAGGUCGGGUUCCCUCACUACAGCAAGGUAAUAUCCAAGAAAAGAUAUUUACUUUUCCAUGGGAAGGAACUGUUCGAGUCAAAACUGCCGGAUGAGAGAUGGUCGACUAACAUUGAUGUUCCUUCAACUGCUGUCCUUUGCGUUCAGCUCAAUACUUUACAUUAUGCUGUUAGCCAACUAAGCAAGUUAGAAGACAGCAUAUGGGAGCGAUGGAUAGCAAAAAGACCUCGCGAAAAGAUUGUCAUCAGUAUGGACUAUCUAUCUGCUCCAUUAAAGGAAAUUCUUUGGUUGAGAAAGUGUUAA